AUGGUCCUCCACAACCCCAACAACUGGCACUGGGUCAACAAGGAUGUCUCUGCUUGGACUCAAGACUACCUGAACAAAGAGCUCGUUGGACUGAAGGCCGAGAAGGGUGGCGUCAACGCCGAGGUUAGCAAAGUGCUUAGCAUGGACGGAGAUGUGGAUGUCUCGCAGAGGAAAGGCAAAGUCAUAACCAUCUUUGACGUACGAUUGCAACUCGAGUGGACUGGCAAGGUACCUGUCAAGGAGGAGAAUGAGAAGGACGAUGGCACCAAAGAGGAGGUGGACGGCCACAAGGACGUCAGCGGCACAAUCACGAUACCCGAAGUAGCACACGACACGGAGGAGGAUGAGUAUGUUUUCGAGGUGGAUCUGUACUCUUCCUCCUUAGAAAAGGAGCCAGCGAAGGAGCUUGUGCGGAAAGAAAUCACGCCGCAGCUCCGCAAACAUCUACAAAAGCUGGCUCCAGCUCUGAUCACUGAGCAUGGAAAAGACAUCCAACACGCCCCUGGUUCAAAUCCUUCGUCUGGCUUCAGCACACCGAAGACCCUGCAGCAGGGAUCGUCUACCAAGCAAGGAGACAACUCCAAGGCUUCUCAUACCUCCACUUCGGGCCACGUGAACGUGACCUCGCUGUCUGACCAGCAAGAGUUCCGCACUACUGCCGAGCAGCUCUUCGAGACUUUCACCGACCCACAGCGCAUUGCGGCCUUCACGCGAGCACCACCUAAAGUCUUUGAAGGCGCAAAGGAAGGCGGCAAGUUCGAAAUAUUCGGCGGCAACGUGUCGGGAGAGUAUACCAAGCUGAACAAGCCGACUUACAUUGAGCAGAAGUGGCGGUUGGCACAGUGGCCGGCAGGUCACUUCAGCACGCUCAAGAUCAAAUUCGAGCAGAACGAUGUUGAUGCUGUGACGAUCAUGCGCGUCGACUGGGAGGGUGUGCCAAUUGGACAGGAAGAGCCAACCAAGCGGAAUUGGGACGAGUACUACGUCCGAAGUAUCAAGACGACCUUUGGAUUCGGCACUAUACUAUGA